AAGACCCGCAUGUCUCUGUUUUGAUCUAAAGAGGCAUCAAUAAAACGGCACAAUGAAAGCAGGUUCAUCGUUGCUGCUCUGCCUGCUGGUGUCAUGGGCUCUCCAGGUGCGAACAAAUGAGGGAGGGGAGACCAAACUCCAUGAUCUCCUGCCUAACAAAAAGCUAACUCUGGACCAUGAUGCCGCAGCUGACCAGUUCACUGACCAGAACAGCACCACCCCUGACAUUUGGACAGAGUUGAGGGUGCUAAGGGACAUAGUGGUGAAGCAGAAUGCUGAGCUGAGGACCGUGGAGGCCAGGCUGAGGGAGACAGAGAUACAGGUAGAUGAGCAGAAGUUGGACCUCCUCCUCGCUAAAACCAGCUUGGAGGAACUGCAGACAGAUCAAACUGCCAUGGAGGGGAGAUUGGGAGCCAGUGAAAAACUAGGAGAAGACCUGAGGAAAGAAAACAUGGAGCAGUCGGCGGAGCUGACAGAUCUUAGAGCGAGGCUCGACGCCAGUGAAAGGCGUGUAGAGGAGCUGGAGGUCCAGCUUGAAAACCAGGCAGCUGAGCUUCUGUCCACACAAGCCAGAGUGGCAGUCAGCGAGAAUGAGCUGCAGCUCCUAAAGCGCAGGAUGGAUGACGUGCAGGCUGAGAACACAGUCCAAGAUGUUGAACUUUCAUCUUUAAUGGACAGAACAAACACUACAGAGCACCGAGUGGAUAUUCUAAUCAAAGACAGUGCGAAGGUGGCAUUUUAUGCUGCUUUGACAAACUCAGGAACAGUAGGACCUUACAAUACUCCAAAAGUCCUAAGAUUCAGCAAGGUCUUCACCAAUAUUGGCAAAGCCUACAGUCCAACAACUGGUUUCUUCACUGCACCUGUGAAAGGACUGUACUUUUUUAGAUUUACUGUAUGUAGUCAUAUGAAUGAACACAUCGUAAUGGCAGUGAAGCUAUUGCAUAACGGGAGAUCCAUAAUGUAUAAUUUGCAGACCUGGGAUAAUGGUUUUGGGCAGUUUGAGUACAUGUCUAAUGCUGUUAUUCUAGAACUGAAUGUCGGUGAUGAGCUACAUUUGGUCCUCCCAGAAGGGGGGCAAACCUAUGAUAAUGGAAACAAUCACAGCACAUUUAGCGGCUUCCUGCUUUUCGGUGUGUGAUGUCCAAUCCAAUCCAAUUUCAAACUUGGAAUUUAUGACCAUCCAUAUAAAUACAUUUUCUUUAUCUCUU